UAAGUAAGAUUUUUCUGUUUCUGUAAUGUGAUGUGAAGACACAGGUCCGGUUUGCCACUUUAUGGAUGCAACACCAGCCACAGUCCUCUGUCCCAACUUAGCAAGUGGCUUAAAGUUUGCAUUUCAAAGAGAUUCUAGCGCGAGCUCUCUGACGUAACACCCCCGUGUACCCGUCCCAUGGAUGUAAGGAGAAACCGCCCCAUCUACUUCCUGGUUCUCGUUCCUGUAACUACGGCGACUGUUCGGCCGCGUCACCGGUUGGCGGAGCCGCUAUGACAUCAGCGGCAUGUCGGGAAUCCUCUCCUGUUUGACGGCGUACCGGAGCCGCAGACCCCGCGGGGAAAGAAACGGCACGUACUGUUUACACGUGAGCCGUCAACUUCACCGUGUUUUCCUGCCCCGUGUUCUCAUUUGAGCCCCGGUCCGCCGCCGGAGAGGAUGUGUCCGUGUGUCUGUGGGAGACAAGUUUAGUGACAGAAGUUAAAGAGAGAGAGACAACAUGGUGAACUGCAUCUUCAUCUGCACUUCCUCCUUAUAAACACAAGAUCUGAGAUCUGUGCUGCUGCUAAGGUGACUCGAGCGAGGCCGGCUGAAUCAGCUGGUAGAUAAGGUCCACGACAGUUAGACCUGACCAGCCGUUUGUUUACUGACAUCCUGUUGAACUGGUCCAGCAGAUUUUUGUUACAACCCGAGGUGCCAGUUUCAAUCUGAAGCUGUUACUAAGGUGACCUGAGCGAGGCUGACUUCACAAGAGGGUCUGCCAUGUUUCCUGAUGCCCUAGAAGCAGCUGGGCGGGUUGAGGGCCUGCCGCUGUCCUCCCCGCAACCGCUGCCAGAGCUGGAGGAAGAGGAAACAGAGGCAUCAGUGGAGAGGGGGCCCAAGAGACGAGGCCGCUACCGGCAAAGCCUGCAGCUUUUAAAGCCCUUCAGGAUAACUCACAAACAUCAGCACCCAGUCGAUAACGCUGGCUUCUUCUCAUUUAUGACUCUGCACUGGCUCUCCCCACUGGCGCUGAAGGCCUACAAGGCGUCCAGCUUGUCUAUAGAUGACGUGUGGGGACUGUCUUGCCACGAAGCCUCUGAAAUCAACUGCCAAAGGCUUGAAUCUUUGUGGCACGAUGAGCUGAAAAGACGAGGGCGAGAGGGCGCGUCCCUGUCAAAAGUCUUCUGGAGGUUCUGCCAGACCCGCAUGCUGGUGGCCAUCUUCUCCCUCCUCAUCACAAUGGUGGCAGGCUUUGUUGGGCCCGCUCUCCUGGUUCGAGCUCUGCUGGAGUAUUCCCAGAGCUCACAGAUCUAUGUGCCGUACGGCCUGUCUCUGGCAGCCGGGAUCUUCCUCAUGGAGCUGAUGCGCUCCUGGUCUUUGACGCUCAUGUGGGCCGUCAACUACCGUACUGCAGCACGCCUCCGUGGGGCAGCUCUUACUUUUGCCUUCAACAAGAUCCUCCGCCUACGCAGCACUAAAGACAUCGGCCCAGGCGAGCUGAUCAACAUCUGCUCCAGUGACGGCCAGCGGCUGUAUGAAGCGGUGUCAGUGGGCUGCCUGCUGGCCGGGGGGCCCCUCGUGGGACUGCUGGGUCUGUCCUACUCUGCAUACUUCCUGGGCCCCACAGCUCUGAUUGGGUCAGCUGUUUUCAUCCUCUUCUACCCUACCAUGAUGCUCGCAUCGAGACUGACGGCGUACUUCCGCAAAAAGUGUGUGGCCGUGACUGACCAGCGCGUGAGGCUGAUGAACGAGAUCUUGGGCUGCAUAAAGUUCAUCAAGAUGUAUUGUUGGGAAGAUGCCUUUGAACAAAAUAUUGACAAGGUGCGAUCGAAAGAGAGAGGGAUACUGGAGAGAGCUGGGGUCAUCCAGAGUCUCACAGUGGGUGUGGGUCCCAUUGUCCUGGUGAUAGCAAGCGUGUGCACUUUCACCCUUCAUAUGGCUUUGGGCUAUGACCUCACUGCGGCCCAGGCUUUCACCGUGGUUGCCGUUUUCAACUCCAUGACCUUUGCCCUCAAAGUCACACCAUCAGCUGUGAGGUCACUGUCGGAGGGUGCAGUCGCCGUCCAAAGAUUUCAGAGGCUCUUUAUGAUGGAUGACAGAGAAGCUGUUUUGGUCAAAAUGGAGGAUCCUGGCAAUGCGGUAGAAUUUCAGGAUGCCACACUGGCGUGGGAAAAGGCGCGCUCUCCGGCUACGAAGCCUAACCCGCCUCCCAAGAAGCAAGGAGGGAUGAAACGCGUCUUCCGCAGGGAGAAGCUCAGCCUGUACAUUUCCACAGAGGACAGCAAAGUGAGCAAGGAAGCUCCCAAUGCACAAAGCCUCCUCACGAAUAUGGAGCUGGAGAGUCCACAAAGCACCAUCUCCUCGACGCAAAGUAUGCGACCUCCGCUGCACAAGACCCUGCACCGCAUUGACCUGCGCGUUAAGAAGGGUUCAUUGGUUGGAAUCUGUGGAGGUGUCGGCAGUGGAAAAAGCUCUCUUCUGUCUGCUUUACUUGGACAGAUGACCCUGUUAGAGGGAAAUGUAGCUGCAAGUGGUGGAUUUGCAUAUGUGUCACAACAAGCCUGGAUCCUCAACGACUCUCUAAAGGAGAACAUCUUGUUUGGGAACCAGUACGACCCUGACAAAUAUAAUGCCAUCCUAGAAGCCUGCUGUCUCCUCCCAGAUCUUGCAGAGCUCCCUUAUGGAGACAUGACUGAGAUUGGAGAGAGGGGUGCCAACCUGAGUGGAGGGCAGCGUCAGAGAGUGAGCCUGGCUCGUGCCCUCUACAGUGAACGGCCCAUACUUCUCCUGGAUGACCCUCUCAGCGCUGUGGACGCUUGUGUGGGUUCCUAUGUCUUCCGUAAAGCUAUCAGGGGUUUUGGCAAAGGAAAGACUGUGCUCUUUGUCACCCACCAGCUGCAGUACCUGUCUGAGUGUGACCAUGUUAUUCUGAUGAAGGAUGGGCAGAUUUCAGAGUGCGGCACUCAUGAGCAGCUACUGGCUAAAGAGCGUGACUACGCCACCCUGUUCAACAGCAUGCAACAGGAGAAUCUGGUGAAAGAGAAUUUAAAAAACAAACAGCAGAGGACAGACACUGAAAAGGCUGACAGCACUGUUGAUGUUGCCAAGGUCAGACCAAAGGUGGAAAACAAGAAAGGAGAACAACUGAUGAAAGCUGAGGAGAAGGGCUCUGGUGCAGUCGCCUGGUCUGUGUAUGGUGCCUACGUCAAAGCAGCAGGAGGUCCAAUAGUCUUCCUCAUCAACGCCUUCCUCUUCAUCUCCACCACAGGCAGCAUAGCCUUCAGCAACUGGUGGCUGAGCUACUGGAUCACUCAGGGCAGCGGGAACACAUCAUUAAUCUUGGUCAAUGAGACGACAGCGGGCAACAGCAUGAGACUGAACCCUCACAUUCGGUAUUAUUCAACUAUUUACGUCGUAUCCAUGGGAGCUGCUUUACUGCUGAAGACUAUGAGAGGGCUUGUGUUUGUGAAGUGCACGGUGAAGGCUGCCUCCGUGCUGCACGACAAGCUGUUCCGCCGGCUCCUCCUCAGCCCCAUGCGCUUUUUUGAUACAACACCCCUGGGUCGUAUCCUGACCCGCUUCUCCAGAGACAUGGAUGAGGUUGACGUACGUCUCACCAUGCAAGCUGAAAUGCUGCUACAGAACCUCACCCUGGUGCUGUUUUGCUUGGUGAUGGUGGGCAUCGUCUUCCCCUGGUUCCUGAUAUCCAUCCUGCCCCUGGGAGCCUUCCUCUUCUGCGUCAACCGUGUCUCCAGGGUUCUGAUUCGCGAGCUGAAGCGCCUGGAGAACAUCAGCCAAUCACCAUUCACCUCUCACAUCACCAGCAGUCUUCAGGGACUCUCCACAAUCCACGCCUACGGAAGAGGGCGCGACUUCCUCCAGAGAUAUCAGGAAUUGCUGGACACCAACCAGGCCUCAAACUACCUCUUCAGUUGCGCUAUGCGUUGGCUGGCAGUCCGCCUGGACCUCAUCAGCAUCGCUCUGAUCACAGCUGUAGCACUUCUCAUUGUCUUCAUGCACAAUCAGAUACCUCCAGCCUAUGCAGGCCUGGCCAUAUCGUACGCAGUGCAGCUGACCGGCUUGUUUCAGUUCACGGUGCGGCUGCUCACAGAGACUGAAGCUCGGUUUACAUCAGUGGAGAGGAUCAAUCAUUAUAUAAAGAAUCUAGAGAGUGAAGCGCCCCGACAAAGUCCUGAGGCAGCCGCUCCUGCCCCCUCCUGGCCUCAGCGGGGAGAGAUCACCUUCCAGGAUGUAGAGAUGAGUUAUCGUGACAAUCUGCCACUUGUGCUUAAGAGUCUGUCCUUCACCAUCCUGCCUGAAGAGACCAUCGGCAUCGUGGGUCGCACCGGAUCAGGGAAGUCCUCUCUGGGUGUAGCUCUGUUCAGACUGGUGGAGCUGACCGGAGGCUCUAUUACCAUUGACGGAAUCAAUAUCGCCCAGAUUGGUCUGGAUGACCUGCGGAGCAAGCUAGCCAUCAUUCCUCAGGAGCCGGUGCUCUUCAUCGGGACAGUCAGGAGCAAUUUGGACCCCUGGGAUCAAUACUCUGAUUCCCAGAUAUGGGAAUCUCUCGAGAAGACUCAUAUUAAAGAGAUGGUCAGCCAGCUGCCUCAUUCGCUCCACUCGGAGGUGACGGAGAACGGAGAGAACUUCUCAGUGGGAGAACGACAGCUGCUCUGCGUGGCCCGGGCCCUGCUGCGCAACAGCAAGGUUUUGAUAUUGGACGAAGCAACAGCCGCCAUCGACACUGAGACAGAUCUUCUCAUUCAGGAGACCAUUCGCAGCGCGUUUGGCAGCUGCACCACCCUCAUCAUCGCCCAUCGUCUGAACACCGUGAUGAGCUGCAGCAGGGUCAUGGUCCUGGACAACGGCCAGAUUCUGGAGUUUGACAGUCCCGCCGCCUUGCUGGCAGAUGAAAACUCGAGAUUCAGAGCCAUGAUAGAAGCCUCAGAAAACCAAAGCAGAUAAAAGACGCCGGGCCCUGAUCUUCAGCGGAAUACCUGCAUUGCACAAAGAACACAGUUAAUUCAAUCCUGCCGCAGUGUGAAAGUCACGUGUUAAGAAAUACAGAGGGCUCCUGUGAUGGCCGCUAUGUGCAACAAUGUCUGUUUAUUUCCAAACCAAAGACCGAAGGGACCACAUUUCUGAAGGGCACAUCAAAUCUCACAAAGACAGACGUAACAGCCUCCUGCUCUUUGCCACCGUGUCACAAGAGUUAUUUCCCGGAGGCCAAAUAAUUAACUUUCAGUGAAACAGAGCAACGACUCUGACAACAGCACUUUAUAUUUCAUGUGGACACAUUAAAGGACAUGCGGUGCUUCGUUUUUCCUCGGGAGGCCAGCUAAUCAGUGACACUCUAAUUAGUUUUAGUCAUUUUAUUUCCGUUAACUACGACCUCACAGCGCAGGAAUUUACUGUGAAGGAUUACUGUUGAUUAUUCAAUAUAGUAUAUCUAUAAACAAAUCAUCUAUUAAUCAUUCCUAGUAAGUACUGUCUGAAACAUGCAAAAAAAAAAAAGUUUUGUUUUUUUAUGUAUAAUGCGUCUAGUUCAGUGUUUUAAUGCAGUUAUCUCAGUAAAUUAUUGCAGAUAUGUGCCUAGAGCAGUAAACACUUCAGGUCAUAUAAUGGAGUUAGCCAUGUGAGCAUAUUAGACCGCAUGCAAGUACUGUGUUAUGAAAAGAGCUAAUGUUUUCUUCUAAAUCCAAAUGCUGGAGUUUUUAAAUCCUCGCUUUUUAGACUGCUGUUUUUAUGUUGUUUGUUUUUUUUUUUAACAGCAAAGUAAUUGCAGUGUUGGACAAAUGAUGUUAUACUGUUGUGAUCGAAGUGCAGGGGUGUUAAAACUGAUCAACAUCAGGACGUGUCUUCAAAUGUUGUGUUCUCACAGAGCUGGGGAUCGUAAAACUUCUGCCUUAUAGUCAAGUACAUGCUGAACAAUCAUGAAGAGUGCAAUAUCUUUCUGUUGCAUCGAUGCAUUGUCAAGAUUGCCUUUGUACACGUGAGAUUAUGAUGUUGCAAUAUUUUUCUUCUUUUGUAAAUGUUUGAGUUGUUUUUUCAAUUAAAAUAUUUUUUAUAUA